AUGGCUUCCAACCGUGAACAACUUCGGUCGGACACAACCUCGACAGCAACCCCGUCUCACCCCCCUUCGUCUCCAUCCGCUAAAGCCCCGCCCCCGUCGACAACUGCGGUGCUCCUCCGCGAUUAUGCCCUCCACAUAGAACCAUCCCCCACCCACGAAAAUCGCCGAGAGUCCCCAGAAAGCAUCCAGCCUGUCCAAUCCUCCGAAUCGGCUCAAGAGGAGCCAGGUUGGUCGCGGUCUCCCACCUCGCUACGGCCAUUUCGCCAGAAUUCGAUCAAUCGGCGAUCCAAGAAAGCGCUGUCGACCGACUGUAUCCCGCGGCAGACAAUUCUGAAAGCCUUAGCAUCGCGAGCAUCCAUCCUAACCAAUACCACCAAUAUUUCGGCGAGUUCCUUGUCGAGUAUGCUCGCGAACAAAUCCACCCAGGCUUCCCCGCCUUCCGACAAUCGGCACCGGCGCGGGAGUAGCGCUUCCUCUCAAAAUCUCUCUGCCGCACUAUCCAAUCUGCAAUUGAGUGGCUAUCUCGAUCGGUCACCGGCGACAGCACGUCUAGUACUGCAGUCGCCUUGUUAUUUCCACCAACGCUUCGAUGAUGCCGUCAAUAUAAAGAAGGUGCUCGAGGAAAUUGCCGACGAUGAGUGGCUGUCGCAUUCGCGACUGGUUCAGACUGCGACUGGAGUGCGUGAGGUGUCGAAGCAGCUACAGCGACGGCCCAUCAAACGGGCCGUGCGAAAUGUCAUGAUUGUGACCAAAGCGCGCGAUAACAGCCUGGUGCACUUGACUCGGGAAGUCGCCGAGUGGCUGCUUUCGACCCCAAGAUAUGGAAAUACAUUGGGAGUGAAUGUGUAUGUGGACGCGAAGCUCCGGAAAUCGAAACGAUUCGAUGCUCCAGGGCUCUUGCAAAAAGACCCCAUGUUUGCACAGAUGUUACAUUUCUGGACACCGGAUCUGUGUUGGACAUCACCGGAUAAAUUUGACUUGGUGUUGACGCUUGGUGGGGAUGGGACUGUUCUCUUCACAUCAUGGCUUUUCCAGCGCGUGGUUCCGCCCGUACUUUGCUUCUCGCUGGGCAGUCUCGGCUUCCUCACAAAUUUCGAGUUUGCCGACCACAAAGCACAGCUCAAUGCCGUCAUGGGAGAGGUGGGCAUGCGCGUUAAUUUGCGCAUGCGCUUCACAUGCACCGUGUACCGCAAGGAUCGGAGUAAGGGCGCAGAGGCAGGUGCGGUCGAAGAGGGUGAACAAUUUGAAGUAUUGAACGAGCUCGUCAUCGACCGCGGCCCAUCCCCCUAUGUGUCGAAUCUAGAGCUCUAUGCCGAUGAUGAGCUCCUGACUGUCGUCCAAGCGGACGGCUGUAUCUUCUCCACGCCAACUGGUUCCACGGCAUACUCCCUGUCCGCCGGCGGCUCUCUCAUGCAUCCAUCCAUCCCGGGAAUCCUCCUCACCCCAAUAUGCCCCCAUACCCUCUCCUUCCGCCCAAUGGUCCUCUCGGACUCCCAUCUCCUCCGCAUCGCCGUUCCCAACACUUCCCGCUCCACUGCCUACUGCUCCUUUGAUGGUAAAGGCCGCGUGGAACUCCGCCAAGGUGACUAUGUCACCGUAGAAGCAAGCCAGUACCCAUUCCCAACAGUUGUAUCUAACAACAAUGAAUGGUUCACCAGCGUUCAGCGUGCUCUGCGGUGGAACACACGCGGCGCGAUCCAGAAGAGCUGGGACGGCCGUGAUGUCGACACGCAUUUGAACGAUGAUCCCAACGAAGACGAACAAUGGGACAUUGAUACAGAUGCCGGACUCGCCGGUACUGACAGCGGCAUCGGUCCCAGUGAAGACGGGGACUCUCUGUCUCCCAAUCCCAUGCGACGACAAAUGAGCUUGCUCAAUAUGUGA